AUGGGGAAGUCGUGGUGCGGGCUGGAGGGCACGCGGCGGAUGGUGCAGAUUGCGCGGGUGCGGGCGGGCGUGGGGAGGGUCGAGGAGUGGUGUUUGCAGAGACUCGCCCGCACGAGGGCGUCGAUGAAGAAAUUGUCCAUGGAGGUCCGCACUGAUGAUGGCCACUUUGUGGUGGUGGUGGUGGUGGUGGUGGUGAGAGUAGCAGCAGCAGUAGUAGCAGCAGGAGGGGCACCACCACGUAAUUGCUGGAUUGUGCUAGGCCGUCGAGAGCAGAGGCCGCCGAGGCCAAUGGGAGGAGCAGAGGAGGGGGAGGAAGAGGGGGGUGAAGAAGAAGAGUAG